UAGGCAAAGGAAGCUCGGUGGAAGUGAUGGCCGCUAAAUAGAACUAAUUCUAGAUUUCCAUUCCAAAUUAUAAAUUAUUUAUUGAUUUUUGUGUAUAUAUCUGACCAUGUAUAUAUAUAGGAAGCCAUGCGUUACGAGAUCAUGGCGGCGGUGGGAGCUCCAUUGCAUGGCCCAGCCAAUAUUAUGGCCUCCUUCCCAUCCCAACCUGGCCAAGGGGGCGGCUCCUCUGAUGAUCUCGAAUCCGACCAGCCGGCGGCAUUCGAUCUCUCCGACUACAUCUUGCUGGAUGAAGCUUCGUUCGGGCAACCAGCUGAAAGCGGAGCUCCUCCAAUGGUAGACGUUGGCCAGACCAGUGAAAGCAACUUAGCUGCUAGUGGUAGUAGUCGUACUAGCAGGGGUGGAGUAGAAAGACCGAGGACGGCCGAAGGGUCCAGGAUCGCAUUCAGGACGAAGUCGGAGGUGGAAAUCCUGGACGACGGAUUCAAGUGGAGGAAGUACGGAAAGAAGUCUGUGAAGAAUAGCCCCAAUCCAAGGAACUACUAUCGUUGCUCAACCGAGGGUUGCUCAGUGAAGAAGAGGGUAGAAAGAGACAAGGAAGACCCAAGCUAUGUGAUAACCACCUACGAGGGGGCCCAUAACCACAUGAGCCCCGGUGUUGUUUACUACACGACCCAAGACAGCACCUCUGGUCGGUUUUAUGUGGCCGGCUGCGAACUGCCUCCAGGUUCAUCAUGAAACCUGACUGCAAUCGCUCCACAUCCCCGAGUGCUCCAUCUGGACACAAAUAGCCACUGGUGAAGUACAAAUUAACUUCGAUCUUUCUGGAGUUUGCUUGAAAAGAAAUGGUUACUCCUUUUUUUCGGCACUUGGCUAUGUUUCCGUGUGCAUCAGCUUCUAGUAUUGUGCAUAUAAUCUUCGCUUUUUGUGAAUGUUUAGCCUCCUUGUCUUGGCGAAUGAAUCCUUUUCUUGCGUCGAUUUA